CGUUUCGGCUCCGGCCGGCGCACCCCCAGAGCGGUUUCGGUGAGUUCCUCGUUCUCCGCGGCCGGCUGGAGUUUGGAAUCAGGCUCUGCACCCCAGCGCCCGCAGGCUCCGGCCAUGGACCGGGAGACGCGCGUCCACGCCGAACGCCACUUCCGAGGCCUCCGAGACGGCGUCCCGGGCGGCGGCGGGACCCCGGGCCGCGUCGCCUUCAUCCAGGCGCCCGAAGCCUUCUCCUACGCCGACUUCUUCAGGAGCUUCCUGCUGCCCAACCUGCCCUGCGUGUUCUCCCGGGCCUUCACCGAGGCCUGGGGCAGCCGGCGACGCUGGGUGACGCCCGCGGGCAAGCCCGACUUGGACCACCUGCUCCGGAAGUACGGAGACGCUGUCGUCCCCGUGGCAAAUUGCGGGGUCCGAGAAUACAACUCAAACCCCAAGGAGUACAUGGUCCUGCGAGACUACAUCAGCUACUGGAAGGACUACAUCCAAGGAGGCUACUCUUCACCAAGGGGCUGUCUCUACCUCAAGGACUGGCAUCUGUGCAGGGACUCCUCAGCAGAAGAUGUGUUCAUCCUGCCUGUGUACUUCUCCUCUGACUGGCUGAAUGAGUUCUGGGAUGCCCUGGAUGUUGAUGACUACCGUUUUGUCUACGCGGGGCCAACAGGCACCUGGUCACCGUUCCAUGCAGACAUCUUCUGCUCCUUCAGCUGGUCUGUCAACAUCUGUGGGAGGAAGAAGUGGCUGCUCUUCCCGCCAGGACAAGAGGAGGCUCUGCGGGACUGCCACGGUGGCCUGCCUUACGAUGUCACCUCCAUGCUCCAGCACUGCGGUCCGCCCCUUGAGAUCAUCCAGGAGGCUGGAGAGAUGGUGUUUGUGCCCAGCGGGUGGCACCACCAGGUGCACAACUUGGACGACACCAUCUCCAUCAACCACAACUGGGUCAACGGCUGCAACCUGGCCUCCAUGUGGCACUUUCUGCAACGGGAGCUCUGUGCCGUGCAACAUGAGAUCAGCGAGUGGAGGGACUCCAUGCCAGAAUGGCACCACCACUGCCAGGUCAUCAUGAAGUCCUGCUCAGGGAUCAACUUUGAAGAGUUUUACCAUUUCCUCAAGGUCAUUGCUGAAAGGAGACUCCUUGUUCUGAAACAGGGGGCAGAAAGGGCAUCAGAACAUGACCCAGACACGGGGCUUGGCCUGCAGCAGGCUGCGUUUGACAUCAGCCGCCUUACAGAGGUGCUGGCCUCUGUCAUUGCACACCCUGACUUCCAGAGGGUGGACACUGGUGCAUUCUCACCACAGCCCCUGGAGCUGCUACGACGGUUGGAGGAGGCCAUGGCCGCCAUUGCAGAACUUUAGCAUCCCUGGAGGAUGACUGCCAAUGUGCAACCUCCCUGCCCAAGACUUCCCGCCCACCCUCAUGGCCUGGAAAGUGCCCCUGUGGAGCAAGAAGAGCUCCUUUCUGGAGACCUGCCAUGGUCCUGCCUGCCCAGGGCUGUUUUAUGAUAUUGCUAGGCAUGGGUCCUCGGUGAGCACUGAGUCCUACUUGCUGUGACAUUGCCUGGGAUUGGGGAUGUUGGGCCAUGCAAGCCUGCUGGCAGUCAGUGAACAGCUGUGUGACUGUGUUUCUGAAGAGUCUCCUGACCUUUUGGUGAAGGUGAGGACUCCUGAGUGACGGAUGUCCAGCCUGGCCUGUCACCCGACAUAGGUGCAUUACCUCCACCCUCUGUCCUGAGCUUGGACUCCUGUUGGGCUUGGUGCCACACAUGCCCAAGCCAGUGUGUGAAGCUAGACGUUUGCCCCUGUAGCUAACAGGUUGCAAGGUCACCGUUGUGCCAGGGAGUGUGGGUGUUCAACCUCUGAGCAGAUCUAGCACCUGCUUGGUAGUGACUGAGCUUGACAGUUGCACAGGAAGAUGGGAGCAGAGCAGGGAUGAUAGAUGCCAGAGGCUCUGUCAGUUUCCCGGGUGCCCACAUUAGCAACUGUACCCUUGGUGCUUCAUGGUUAUGAGGAAGACGCAACCAAGUACGCCAGCCCUGCCUGGUCUGUGGGGUCAGGGGCUCCUCAGAGUUUCAGGUGGGAUGGUAGAUGGCCACAGGGCAGCACCAGGGGCUAUUCAGGGGCCAGCUGAACUCCUACAAAGCCCUUAGUGACUGGGACACUGGUGGUCUAGCAAAGUUCAAGACAGGAAAGUAAAAUAUUAACACUGUCAAAUCAUUGAGUAUUGUUAGCAGUUGUUUCAGAACCUGUAUCAGCAGUAUUACCUGUUGAGUCUACACAAAUAGUUCCAGGGUGGUCACAGGUGCCAAGUGGUGCCCCCUGAGAAGCUGACCUUGGAGGUUGUUGGGGACCUGGUCCUUUCCUCAUGUGGAGACAUCUCACAUGACUGUAUGGCCCUGAGCUCCCAACCAGCAGUUCUGGAAAAGUGACCACUCCCUGGGCUAGGCUGGAGGAGUAGCCAUUGGGGCAUGUCAGGGACCCUCCCAGCAUGGGAAUUUUGCUCUGAGGAGCCAGUUUCCCCAGGAUUAAGGCAGCUUUUUGUCUUGUGAAAACCACAUUCUUUCAACUCCUUCAUGUGCCCUGAUGCAAUCACUGUCCUGUUAUAGAUCCAUUCUCUAGGCAUAAAAACUACCCAGUUGACCCACACUGUCCUGUUUGGUCAGGACCUGGACUUCCUGGGGCACCACAACCCUUCAGUGCAGAAGCGCUUUGCCUGCUGCAGCCUGGCCUCAAUAGGUUUUUUGUUUAAAGAUUUAUUUUUGGGCCCAGCGUGGUAGCCUAGUGGCUAAAGUCCUCACCUUGCAUGCGCCAGGAUCUCAUAUGGGUGCCGGUUCUAAUGCCGGCGGCCCUGUUUCCCAUCCAGCUCCCUGCCUGUGGCCUGGGAAAGCAGUCAAGGACGGCCCAAUGCCUUGGGACCCUGCUCCUGCAUGGGAGACCCAGAAGAAGCUCCAGGCGCCUGGCUUCAGAUCGAUGCAGUGCCGGUCGUUGUGGCCAGUUGGGGAGUGAGUC